UAGUAUUUCACUAUCGAGCGGUCCCGCGCUCCGUUCGGUACUUCGGUGCGUGUCCUCCACUCGGUCCCAUUUUCAAUAACAUUUAACUAUCGGUUUCUCAGUUACUCAUCGUUCAUCCGUCCGUCUCAAACCCUCCGUUGAUACUCUCACGAUACAUACCUAAUAUAUUUACUAUUUUUCUUCGUGUCGUAUUCGUAUAUAUUAUAUUUUAUUAUAUAUUAUUAGAAACCUAGAUACACAAAAAUGGGCUGUGUAUCCAGCAAGAGGAAAACUGGUUCGACUGAAACUACUUCGACUAUUUUCAAAGUUACAAACAUAGAUUACAGUGGUAAUGAAAUAAAUCAUGGUCAGAUUGAAAUCACUGAUAGCGAUUUGAUAAUGCAUUAUGCAAAUGAAAAAUCAACCAUUUCAUGUCCACUGAGCACAAUCCGGCGCUACGGAUAUGAGGAUUUUAUGUUCUGCUUCGAGGCUGGCCGUUUGUCUCCUUACGGACAAGGAAUAUUUGCAUUCAGAAGCAAAGAUGCUGACAAGAUAUUCAAUACUAUCAAAGCACAUUUACAGAUUUCUAAUGACACAAAUGUGGCUGAAGAUAUGUCUUCUGAAGUGCAUUUUUAUUCUGGUCUUUCUCGGCCAAAAGCAUAUCAACACGAAGAAGUCUAUGAUGAAGUCAGAUUUAGUGGACUAAGAAACCGCAAACAAUCAAACGUUGAAUCUCCAUACCUUGAGUUAAGCCCUGACAGAUCUUACUGCGCUAUUUAUGAGAAUAUCCUGAAUGCCAAUCAAAAUAAUGAUGUGUUAGAGGCCAAUGGUGAUAAUGGUAAUUCUUAUGCGUCUCCUAAAGAAGUAGUUACUUAUACGGAAGUUGAAAUUGCUGUUUGUAAGCCUAAAAACGAUAAGAAUAAGAAAGAGUUGCCACCAGUUCCUCCUAAAAAGGAAAUUUCGGAGUAUACAGUUAUAGAUUUUGUACGAACAAGUCAUUUACAUAAUAAAAAUUUGUUCAAGUGUACUUCUAACACAGGUACCAGAAGAACUAGACAUGAUUAUGGAGUGAGUACUCCUUAAUAUUAUCAGAAAUUAUUACAUUUGAUUGCCUAUAUAAAGUGUUUGAUAUCUUAAUCAAACGCUGACAUCAACAUAUUAAAGGUUUCUUUUUAAUCAUCGAAAAUAUUUUUUUCUAAUUAAAUAUUAUUUAUUUAAAUCAAAUUUUUUUUUCAUCAAGUUUUAUAUUUUCACUCAACAUAUUUUUGAUAUCCAAUUUUAAAUGGAAUAUGCUUUCAAACAAAAAUAAAUUUGUGUUAUAAAAACCAAAAUUUGAGCAAAACUUUCCCAAACUAUAUUUGCAGUUUGUGAUUAUUUUAUCAUAACAUUCAAUUUUAUAUCAUAUUUCAAAAUUUUUCCGAAUAAUAUUAACUUUAAAGUUAAU